AUGAGACGGCCGAGUCGCCGGCUGGCUUUGUCUCUCUUGGGGAUCCUGUGGAUCGCUGCUCUCCUCUUCUUCUUGGGGGCGAGGAGGAGACUGGAGGUGGCAGGACCCGAAGGGCAGACGCCAAAGGGCUCAGAUGUCGACUGGGAUGACCUCUGGGAUCAGUUUGAAGAGAGAAGGUACCUGAAUGCCCGGAAAUGGAAGGGCGGAGAGGACCCAUACCGCCUCUAUGCCUUUAACCAGCGGGAGAGCGAGAGGAUUCCCAGUGACCGUGCCAUCCGCGACACCAGGCAUUACAGAUGUACAACUUUGCACUAUCAUCCAGAUCUUCCGUCAACAAGUAUCAUCAUCACCUUCCACAAUGAAGCCAGGUCCACCCUGUUAAGAACUAUCAGAAGUGUUUUAAACCGCACCCCUGUGCACCUGGUCCAUGAAAUCAUAUUAGUGGAUGACUUCAGCGAUGAUCCUGACGACUGCCGUUUACUGGGCAAGUUACCCAAGGUGAAAUGCUUGCGCAACAGGCAACGAGAAGGUUUGAUCCGGUCCCGAAUCCGAGGGGCAGACAUGGCACAGGCAGGAGUCCUGACCUUCCUAGACAGUCACUGUGAGGUGAAUAAAGACUGGCUGCUGCCUCUCCUGCAGAGGAUCAAAGAGGAUCCAACCCGCGUGGUCAGUCCAGUUAUCGACAUCAUCAACUUGGACACUUUUGCCUACGUGGCCGCUUCCUCGGACCUGAGAGGAGGGUUUGAUUGGAGUCUACAUUUCAAAUGGGAACAGCUUUCCCCAGAGCAGAAAGCCAAACGAAUUGACCCUACAGAACCCAUUAAGACUCCGAUCAUUGCAGGGGGGCUCUUUGUGAUCGACAAAGCCUGGUUCAACCACCUGGGGAAGUACGACACUGCCAUGGAUAUCUGGGGUGGGGAGAACUUUGAAAUCUCCUUCCGUGUGUGGAUGUGCGGAGGGAGCCUGGAAAUUAUCCCCUGCAGCCGGGUUGGACACGUGUUCCGGAAGAAACACCCCUAUGUCUUUCCAGAGGGAAACGCCAACACCUAUAUAAAAAAUACCAAGCGCACAGCUGAAGUGUGGAUGGAUGAGUUCAAACAAUACUACUACGCUGCCCGGCCUGCAGCACAAGGGAGACCUUACGGAGACAUCCAGAGCAGACUGGAACUGAGGAAGAGCUUGAAAUGCCAGACCUUCAAGUGGUACCUGGAAAAUGUUUAUCCAGAACUUAGGAUUCCCGAGGAAUCACUGUAUCAGUCUGGAAUGAUCCGGCAGAGACAGAGGUGUCUGGAGUCCCAGAAGUCUGAAGAUCAGGAGUUCCCCGUCCUCAGCUUAAAUCCCUGCAUCAGCAGCAAAGGUGUGGCAGCAGUGGCACAGGAAUGGACGUACACAUACAACCAUCAGGUCCGCCAGCAGCAGCUCUGCUUGUCAGUGCACACCCUCUUCCCGGGCUCCCAAGUGCUGCUGUCACCCUGCAAAGAAAGUGACGGCAAACAGCGAUGGGGUAAAGUUGGUUCUCAUAUUGAGCACAUGGCCUCGCGCUUCUGCCUGGACACUGAAAUGAUGGGGGACACCAACGAGAGCACCAGAGAGCUCGUCAUCAACCCUUGUGAGAGCACAGCCAUGAGUCAGCGCUGGGACAUGGUGAUGUCCUGA